AUGUGUCCUAAAGAUUAUUUAAAUGAACAAAUGAAAUUACUAAAACAAAAAGAACUUCAUCAAUUACGAAAAGAAAAAGAAGCUACAUUGGCUAAAUUAAAUGAAACAAAAGGACAGAAAAAAACUUGGAACGAACAAAGAAUUCCUACACAAAGAUAUCGUCAUAUUUUUAUUAAACUAUCUGAAAAAAAUACUUUAUUACAAGAAAUAUUAACUGCUGAACGAAUGAAUGCAGAUGAUAUUCAAUUUUGUUCUGAAUGUCAUGUAGCAAUCGAAAAGAACGGUGGUUGUUCACAUAUGCAAUGUAAACGAUGUAAUUUCGAUUUUACGUGGCAAACAAAACAAGAACCAACACAAACAGUUAUUACUCCUUAUUUGGAACGUAAUGAUUCCACAAAAAUUGAAUCUAUAAAAGAAGAACUCAACAAAGUAGCAUAUUUAGUCGAUACUUCUGUAGAAGAAAAACCAAAACAACAUAAAGAUAUACCUUCUGAUCAAGCACAUGAACAAGAAGAACAGAAAGAUGACGACGAUUUGAGUAUCUUAAUUGAUGAUGAAUCAACUAUUGGUUCAGUUAUACUCAACCGAGUGAUAACAUGUCCGAAUGAAGCAUGUAGAAAGACUAAUGUAAAGGUUACUCAAGAUAACUGGAUGGUAUGCAGUGCAUGUAUGGAACAAUUUUGUUUUUUAUGUGGAUCUGGUGUAAAUGGAAUAAAAUAUUUUGAGAAAAUAUGUGUAAGAACUACCCCAGUUUAA